GGUGAGAGCGGUUUGACCAAGGAGGCCGUGGCACAGCAUGAAGCAGCUCUCAGCAAUGUCUCAGAUCAGAUGGAGAAUCUGGGCAUUACUCCAGAGGACCUCCAGAGUGCUGGAAAGUCUUGUAAAACUUUUGCAACUAACUUCACCACAUGCACAAUCCCUGCUUUCGAAAAAUUUUUUCGGGACUUCAGUGUAUCUUCAGAGCAACAUACCCGUAUGUUGGCUAUCCAUGCAGCUGCUCAAGAGUAUAUGAGGGAGUCGGGCAUGCCAGAAACGUCAACAUCUUAUUUUUGCGCCUUAAUGAUAAGUCUGGAGGGCAUUAGCGACAGUGAGGAGGACGUCAGUGCCACCCUUGCCCUCAUGGCCAAGGUGAUCCGUCGCGUCCAGGUGGAAGUAUUACGCACCAAGUUCGGUGACUUUGCCAAGAGAUUGGAUUAUAUUAUUACACAGUAUCAGGAGUCUGGCAAUGGUAGCCUGCUUGUUAAUGCUCUUGGGUCCAUGUCGGUUCUCCUCCGAGCCCAGUUGCGAGACCAGUGGUCAUACCCCUAUACCAACAACCUGCUACAGAAGAUACUGGCUUUCACAGUCUAUGAUAAGCCAAAGGUCAGAAAAGCCGCCCACCACGACGUCACAGCUGUCCUGAAGGCCUCAUGCUUCAUGCUGGACGAAGGGGACGAGAAGGUGAUCCACCCUGCUGCAGGGGAGGUGGCCGAGUUCUGCAACGCGCAGCUGAGGGCGUCCAGCGAGAUGGGCAACACCAAGACGACGCUCCACCUCCUGGUCUUGCUCCGGCAAGUCAUCGUGUCCUUUCCACGGAAGCAAUUGAAGGGCGCAUGUGAGGGCAUCCUGUCAGUGAUGCAGCUCGGGAACGCCCUUAUAAAUGCCAGCGCCAUGCAAGCCCUCUACAGUGUGAUGAUGUCCAAGCCUAGUCCGGAGAUUUUCCCCUCAGGGACCAAUGCAGCCCUAAUCACAGCCCUCACCACAGGCACCAGUGGUGUCCCAGGCAGUUUGGCAGCAGUUAUACCGAGCAUGAAUGAUUCUCAGCCUGCCUGUGCUUGGAUCACAGUUCUCACGGCUGCACUGUUGAAUCUCUUUAGGACUGAUGAAGAAGAGGGAAUGAAGUACAUAACUACAUGGAUUGUUCAGCUUGUUCCAUUCUGGUGCAGUGAGCACAAUGAUGUUCAUUCAAAGGUGUUUGAAUCAUUUGACGCACUGCUGGAGGAAAGCAUAGGAAAGUGCAGUGAAGAAAUGAAGGCCACUGAAAAUUUCCAACUUCAGGUGCAAACCAUUUUCCAAGCCAUCGAGGGAGGCAUGUCCCUGCAGUACCAGCCUGCUUGGGUUUAUGUCUUCAAAACCCUGUCAAAAUGUUUCAGUACUAUUGGCCCUCUUUUCCCUGAUCUGAUGAUGCCGUGCUUGAAGAACUUGGUUACGCUGGUGAGGGACUGGAACUGCCCCGUCAGACCGCAUGUUGAGCAUUGCAUUGGCGCUGCUGUUAAAGGUCUAGGACCCAAGGCCCUGAUGUCCGUUGUGCCACUGCAGAUCACAGGCAACAUUGCUGAGGAUGAAAAGCACCUGUGGGUUCUCCCUCUCUUGAGGAGACAUGUCAGAAAUACGGAGUUGACUUACUUUGAGGACUAUUUUGUGCACUUGGCUGGAAAGUGUUUCAUCAUCCUAAAUGCACUGAAGGAGAAAGGUGAAGGGAAAUCUCUCCUGAGCAAAACUUACCGGACAGUAGAAAACCAGAUAUGGGGCCUGCUGCCAAGUUUCUGCGAGAAGGCCAAAGAUGUGGAAAAGGCUUUAAGCAACGAGAAGUUCGCCCGCAUCCUGUGUGAUCACAUUAAGUUCCGCGACGAUACAAGGAUUCAGGUCAUGGCAGCAAUGCGAAACCUGAUUAAUGAUAACAAGGAAAAUCCAGGCAGGUUGGCUGUAUAUUCAAAGAAUUACUUGCCAGCACUAUUUAAUGUAUACUUGACAAAAGUUAAGGGCAAAUUUGACAGAGGGACGGAGGAACCCACAAUUCAUCAAAGCCAGAGAUUGGCUGCAUAUUCAACAAUUAAAACAUACCUACAAAUUGUACCCAAACCCAAAUGUAAUGAAUUCCUAAACCUAAUUAUGAAUAAGUAUGAUGGAGAGACAGAUAGCUUUAAGAAGCAGGCAUUCCUUGAUCUGGUUAGAGCAUUCCUUCCUUACAUGGAAACUGAUUCGUUUGAGAGGUUCUUUGAUAGAGUAAAGCCACUUCUCACAGAGAACGUGAACCACAAGGAACAGAAAGCAGCUUACAGACUCCUAGAGGAACUCCUCAGUGUUGGAACAGAGAGCAGCUCACAGUUCAUCACAAAUAACCUAAAGCUGCUCUAUGAAAUCCUCCUGCAGUCUCUCACAGCCGCCUCCCCACCUUCGCGUGCCCCAAGACUGAGGUGCAUCAGGCAGGUUCUGUUGAAUCUGAAGAUCGAUAUGGAGGAGGAGAAGAGAGACACUUUCCUGCAGCAGGUCGUUGCUGAGACUGUCAUGUGCUGUGGCAAAGGAAUGUCCACAGCCACGCGGAAAGCAGCUUUCGCGCUCCUGACUGAUGUGGGCACCACCAUCCAGAAACAACUUCAAUGCUCCCCAGAAGACACAGUACGACACAGCAUGAAGCUCUUCCUGGCUGGGUUGGUUGGCUCUCCCGCUCUGGCAAAGAAUUCCAUAAUUGCCAUCACAUCCCUCACAUAUCAGUUUAAAAGUAUCAUACCAAAGGAUGUGCUAGACCUUCUGAUGAACAACAUGUGUAUCCAACUCCUGUGCAAGUCAAGAGAGAUUGUGGGGGCUUGCUUGUCCUUCUUCUUAGCCACUCUGUCAUUUAUGCCAGUCCCUGUCAUGUCUGACUAUUUUGAGAACAUCUUCAAGACCCUCUGCAAGAUAGACCCCGAUACCCAGCGCAAAUUCCGCCGAAGAAUGCGUGACAUUCUGAGCAGACUUGUGAGGAAGUUUGGCAGUGACCGCCUCAUGGCAAUGGUACCAGCGGGAGACGGCAUCUUACAGAAGCGAAUACGCAAUCUCCGCAAGGAAGAAGCAAGGAAGAAGAGAGAGAGAGAAGCUAAGAGGAAGCAGGGACAGAAAGUAGAUAGUGAUGAUGAAGAUUUUGUUAGAGGAGCCAUUCCACCAAGUUUGGAUGAGAUUCUUGCGGAGAUCGACUCAGACGAUGACAGGAGUGAUGAUGAUGACGAUGACAGCAAAGGUGGAAGGAAAGGGAAGAAAGAAGAUAAGAAGAAGGGGCUAAAGGAAGCCUGGAUUAAAGAGGACGAGGACAACAUUGUGGAUCUCCUUGACCCGUCAGCCGGCCAAGCGGUGCUCUCCAAGAGACCCAAGCUGAAGGCCAGGCGUCCCAAAGAGGGCAGCACAGGUGGAUUCGAGGUGGACGAGAACACAGGCCGCAUCAUCAUCGUUGAUCCAGAUGAGGAGAAGAAGAAGGAGAAGGAAAAGAAGAUGGGGUCUUCUAAUAUAGAAUUCAUGGAGGACCUUGACGAGUUCUUGGAAAUGAAGGCGGGUGUGAAGGAAGGCAAGAUCAAGCAGCGCAAGAGGACUUUGAGCGAGGGUUCGGACGAGAACGAGGAACCCCCCAACAAGGUGUCUGGAAAGGGCCCAAGCAAUGUAAACAGCAAGAAGAUAGCACAGAAGAAGCGCUUUGACUACGGCUCAGACUUCCGCAUGAAGAAGGCAAAGGGAGAUAUGAUGAAGAAGGGGAAGGUUAUGCCAUAUGCUUAUGUGCAGUUCACCAAAGACAGACUCAACAAGAGGAAAAAGGCCAAAUUCCAAGGACAGUUCACCAGCUUGGUCCGAGGUGCGAAGAAGGGAGUGGCAAAGGGUUCGAAACAGAAGAUGAGGAGUAAGAAGCAGUAAAUGGAUGACAAGGGGAUGAGGGAUACGUUAUAUUCAAUAUGUGAUAUAUUGUGGCACAUUGUAUAUAAAUUGGAGUCUCCUGCGACUGGAGGUUGAUGCAAAUUUAUUUAGUGUUUGUUUGUUUGUUAAGAAUUCUUUAUGCAGUUGAAUGUUUUCAUCAAAUUGAUAUUUCAUUUUCUGCUGUUCGUGUUGCUUUGAAAAUGCAGCUGUUACCUGUCAUGUUUAGUUUUCUUUUCCUCAAAAUCAACCACUUUUCUUACAUUAUUCAUGGAAUAUAUAAUGAAUACAUUAAUGUAUUAUUGAAAAAUAAAUAUUGUUUAUA